GGUUGGUGACAGACUUGGGUUCUUGCCACAUUCCCAGCUUAUUUCAUGGACGGCUCUCUACUCCAGAGAAAGUUAAUAUUUUCCAGAGAUGUUCCAUAGGUAUUCUAAAUCAUACUACAGACACCUGCUCCUUUAUAUGGAUAUGUUAUCCACCUAGGAUGAAUCAGAGCUGAUUUUUUUUUUAGUGUGCUUCCUUUCAAAAACCUCAUUAAUCUUAGUGUGCAGAAUUUAGGGGGAAAGUUGUGUUUUGCUACUUGACACUGUUUAAUGUAAAUGAUUUAUGAUUAUUCCUUAUGUAUACACGAUAGGCACUUUAUAAAUUGGAUUGUUCUAGGAGUAACACGAUACAUAAAUGUUAUUGCUAUAAAUUCUGAAGUUGGCUAUAUAUUUUUGUAUCAUGUAACCAGUUGACUUAUAAAUGCUGACUAUUCCAACCUGCUCUUUCUACUCAAUAUUGUAAGUGGUGACUUAGGUAAGCCUGGCAGAGAUAUAUACACAGAGGCACUCAAACUGCAUGAGAGCAGGAUAUCCUGGCACCUCUCCAGUGUGGCUUCUGGCUGUCUUCCAGGGGUAAUGGCAGAAAGAAGAAAGAAUGAGAGGGGAAACUGAAACUUUAUGUAGCAAAAAAAGAUGAAUCUAAAUUAUUAUUAUUUUUUUACCCCACAAAGUCAAGAGCCAGGUAGGAGAGAAAAGGGGAAAAAGCAGAGCAAAUAGGAGAAAAGUACCAGGAAAACCAAUUCAGCAAAAUUUAGUUACAUGCCACUUUACAGGUAAAUUUCCAUCACUUAAAUAACAUUAAAUAAGGAUAAAGGUAAUAACAGAUUAACAGCUAUGUAAUUGUAUAUUUUUGUAUCUAUAAAUACAGUAUGUAUGGAAAUAAUAAUAUUUAUUUUUUUGCAUUUCUGUGCAUGAAGUGUUUGAGGAAUGGAGUUUUAUAAACCAUUUGAUUCUACUGGUAGAUGAGACCAUUUUAUUAUGUGUGUAAUUCUGUUACACUAAUAGCUCUCAUUUUUUUACCAUGAAAACUCAUUGUGAUUUUCUUUCAGGGAUCUGAAAGAAUUAGAAAAAAACCCCUCUGAAUAAUCGGUCACUUUAUAUCUGAGUAAUUGUUAAAUACCAAACUCAUCUAAAAUGUUGAGUUACAGAGGAAGGAAUAAUACCCAUAUAACUGACUGUCAGAUUCAUAGCGAUUUUCUGCUGACUCCUGGUAUUGACUGCUUACCUGAUCACACAGUCCUGGCAUUGGAGCUGAUUUGAAUUGCUCUAUGCCCUAAUUUGUGUAAAGAAGAACUGGGCUGUGAAGAAUUCUAUUGUGUUUAUAGUGUCUAUUCUGAUAGUGAUUUUAUCGCCCAUUUCAUAGGCUGCUUUAGUUGAUUCCCUUCCCCCAUGCCCGACUAAGUAGUACCAUCUACACAAUUGAUCUGGUUGUCCAUGAAGUCAGUUCAAAUCAGCUGUUACGGUGGCUAAAAAUACAAGAUCAAUAAUUUUAAAACUUGAGGUGCAUAUCCUCCACAAAAGGACUAAAUCUCAUCAGGCAAUCCCACGUGAAAAGAUUAUGAGACUGAAACCACAUGUGUGUGACUUGUAAUAACAAACAUUAUUUAUUUGGCUAUUACACUGAAGGAAAUCUCCUAAUUUGCUCCUUUAUUACUUCUGGAAUACAUUUUUAAUUGUCAUACUUUCUGGAGCUAUCCUGGUGCAUGCAUUGGAAAGAAUAUGCAUAUGCAGAUAUCUCUGUAUCUGUAGGCACUAUAGUCAAAACAACUUAUUUGCCUAGCUGCGAAGCUGGCUUACUCACCCACUCACAAACUCCCAGAGGAAAUAGGGCAAAAAGGUCAAGUAGAAGCAAUAAGCCAAUGAUCUGUUACACAAAAGUUACUUAAGAAGUUCUGAGUGGCACUGCUCAUCUUCUAGAAGGGAGAUCACUGCAUUCCCUGCUCAUCCCUGUGUCAUCAGCAGUAGCUUUGGAUUCGUUUUUGAGGAAGAAAGCCCGUUUCUACAUUGCUGCUGCUAUACACUCAGGAUUCCUCUUGCUGAUGACACAAUUCCUGUGUGAAUCUGUUUACAAGAUUCUGAAAGCUGAACAGAGAACUUUGGCACUGCACUGGGUAGGAAAAAGCAUUGCAAGAAAUAGAUAACAUCAAGAAGGACAUCAGGAGUAGGAGAAAUUGGCCUGGGAGGCUCAGCAGGAGCCGUAUGUUUCCUUGAGCUCUCGGGCUGUUAUAGUCAGUGGUCUUUAACCAGAUAGUAAGAAGGAACACUUUAUCGUUCCAGGAGCGCUCUUCAUGGUCACACAGAAAUGAUGUCUUCCAAGCGACCAGCCUCUCCGUAUGGGGAAGCAGAUGGAGAGGUAGCCAUGGUGACAAGCAGACAGAAAGUGGAAGAAGAGGAGAGUGACGGGCUCCCAGCCUUUCACCUUCCCUUGCAUGUGAGUUUUCCCAACAAGCCUCACUCUGAGGAAUUUCAGCCAGUUUCUCUGCUGACGCAAGAGACUUGUGGCCAUAGGACCCCCACCUCUCAGCACAAUACAAUGGAAGUUGAUGGCAAUAAAGUUAUGUCUUCAUUUGCCCCACACAACUCAUCUACCUCACCUCAGAAAGCAGAAGAAGGUGGGAGGCAGAGUGGUGAGUCCUUGUCGAGCACGGCCCUGGGAACUCCCGAACGGCGCAAAGGCAGCUUAGCUGACGUUGUUGACACCUUGAAGCAGAGGAAAAUGGAAGAGCUCAUCAAAAAUGAGCCAGAAGAAACCCCCAGUAUCGAAAAGCUACUCUCAAAGGACUGGAAAGACAAACUUCUUGCAAUGGGAUCAGGGAACUUUGGUGAAAUAAAAGGGACUCCUGAAAGCCUAGCUGAGAAAGAGAGGCAGCUCAUGGGUAUGAUCAAUCAACUGACCAGUCUGCGAGAGCAGCUAUUGGCUGCCCACGAUGAGCAGAAGAAACUGGCUGCAUCUCAGAUUGAGAAACAGCGCCAGCAAAUGGAGCUGGCCAAACAGCAACAAGAACAGAUUGCAAGACAGCAGCAGCAGCUCCUGCAGCAACAACACAAAAUCAAUUUGCUUCAGCAACAGAUCCAGCAGGUUCAAGGUCAACUGCCGCCAUUAAUGAUUCCCGUGUUCCCUCCUGAUCAACGGACACUGGCUGCAGCUGCCCAGCAAGGAUUCCUUCUUCCUCCAGGCUUCAGCUAUAAGGCUGGAUGUAGUGACCCUUACCCUGUUCAGCUGAUCCCAACUACCAUGGCAGCUGCCGCUGCAGCAGCACCAGGCUUAGGCCCGCUCCAACUGCAGCAGUUAUAUGCUGCCCAGCUAGCUGCAAUGCAGGUAUCUCCAGGAGGAAAGCUCCCAGGCAUUCCCCAAAGCAACCUCGGUGCUGCUGUAUCUCCUACCAGCAUUCACACAGACAAGAGCACAAACAGUCCACCACCCAAAAGCAAGGAUGAAGUGGCACAGCCACUGAACCUAUCAGCUAAACCCAAGACCUCUGAUGGCAAAUCACCCACAUCACCCACCUCUCCCCAUAUGCCAGCUCUGAGAAUAAACAGUGGGGCAGGCCCCCUCAAAGCCUCUGUCCCAGCAGCAUUAGCUAGUCCUUCAGCCAGAGUUAGCACAAUAGGUUAUUUAAAUGACCAUGAUGCUGUCACCAAGGCAAUCCAAGAAGCUCGGCAGAUGAAGGAGCAGCUUCGGCGGGAGCAACAGGUGCUUGAUGGGAAGGUGGCUGUUGUGAAUAGUCUAGGUCUCAAUAACUGCCGGACAGAAAAGGAAAAAACAACACUGGAGAGUCUGACUCAGCAACUGGCAGUUAAACAGAAUGAAGAAGGAAAAUUUAGCCAUGCCAUGAUGGAUUUCAAUAUGAGUGGAGAUUCUGAUGGAAGUGCUGGAGUCUCGGAGUCAAGAAUUUAUAGAGAAUCCAGAGGGCGUGGUAGCAAUGAACCCCACAUAAAACGUCCAAUGAAUGCCUUCAUGGUGUGGGCUAAAGAUGAGCGAAGGAAAAUCCUCCAAGCCUUUCCUGACAUGCACAACUCCAACAUCAGCAAGAUAUUGGGAUCUCGCUGGAAAGCUAUGACAAACCUAGAGAAACAGCCAUAUUAUGAGGAGCAAGCCCGUCUCAGCAAACAGCACCUGGAGAAGUACCCUGACUACAAAUACAAACCCAGGCCAAAGCGCACCUGCCUCGUGGAUGGCAAAAAGCUGCGCAUCGGUGAAUACAAGGCAAUCAUGCGGAAUAGGCGACAGGAAAUGCGGCAAUACUUCAAUGUUGGGCAACAAGCACAGAUCCCCAUCGCCACUGCUGGUGUGGUAUACCCUGGAGCCAUCGCCAUGGCUGGAAUGCCCUCCCCUCACCUGCCGUCGGAGCACUCAAGCGUGUCUAGCAGCCCCGAGCCUGGGAUGCCCGUUAUCCAGAGCACUUAUGGUGUGAAAGGAGAGGAGCCACAUAUCAAAGAAGAGAUACAGGCUGAGGACAUCAACGGAGAAAUUUAUGAUGAGUUCGAUGAGGAAGAAGAUGAUCCAGAUGUAGAUUAUGGGAGUGACAGUGAAAACCAUAUUGCAGGACAAGCCAACUGAUAAGGGUCAAAAAAUGGUUGUGACCUUAGGACUUAAAGAAGCCCUAGCUGGUUCAUCCUUACCAGUGGCCAAGCACAUUAACUUUCUCAUACACUGACUGUUACUUUAACUGUUAGUCUUAAAUAGUUGGGACAUCAGCUGACUAAUAGACCUCAGCCUCAAAAGGCUUGGAAAGGAAAAAAAAAUACAAGCAAACAACAAUAUCAACAACAAGAGAUUGAAAUAAGCUAUGGGUAAAAUAAUGCCAGUAAUUCAGCUGCUACAUCCAAGCACUGAAGUCUUACCCGUCAACUUUUUUUUUUUUUAAUAAACUUUAUGGCUGUUUGUUCUACAAUGUUCUAGAAAUUCUCACUCAGGUACACAGUGCCAACAAGUGGCUUGUGAAUGUGUUUUGUUGUUUUGUGCUACAAUUUUUAAAAAGAAAUAAGUUUUGUUUUGUUUUUUGGGGCUUCUGGGUUUUUUCCUUUUCCUUUCCUUUCCUUUUUUUUUCCUUUUUUUCUUUUCUUUUUUUUUUUUUUUUUUGUAAUGCACCUGACAGAAAAAAAGAAAGAUGAAUUUCUCUUUACUUCUCUCCACCUUCUCCAUCUCUAUACUUUAAAGAUGGAAGUCUGUGCAUGGGGGGGAAGAGGGAAAAAGAGCCUGUUUUUAACUUCCUUGCUAUCCACCACAAAAUAAGCAAUUAUUUUCUUCAGAGGACUUUCUUUGUCUAAUGCACACCACACUACAUCUUUGAGCAAGUGCCAAAUUUGUACUGAAGUGUUGACCCAGUUCCUUUUUUUUCCUUUCCUUUUUCCUGUUCCUUCUUAAGUUAGGACAGUGUUAUAUCUUAGACAAUCCCUUGGAAAACCUGAAAUACCAGCAGCUGGUGAGAUUUGACUUUUUUUUUUUUUUUAAUGGAAACUGUAGGUGCUGUUCUCAGGUGAAAAGAGAGAGAGAGAGAGAGAGAGACAUAAGAAAUUUAGAGAAAAAAUAUUUUCUGAUCUUGGAUUUUUGUGUGUAUGUAUGUGUGUGAUUAUGGUACUAAUAGGAAUAACAUUGAACCAUUGUGAGUUAAACCCACAUCUGGGGAUGAAAUCCCACAUCCUCCUAAGUGACUGGUCUGGAAGCAACCUUGACCUUGACUUUGCACUUCAAAUGACAACCAAGAUAGGGCUCAGAAAUUAUAUUUUUAAAUUUCUAAUAUGAUUAUUGGAUGGAUUGGGCGGCCCUGUGUAAUAGAGGUGUGCACGUAUAACAUGGAAGCUACUAGCAAACUGUUCCCAGAUGUCCCUUCUUCCUGAUCAGUUGGUUCCACUAAUGUUUGCUACUUAAUGAUUUCUGUUUGUUUUUCCUAUUGAUAACUUCGAGCAAAACAAUCAUUGUUUUCCUUGAAUAUAUUUGGCCAUUUUCCAGGAACACAGAAUUAGCUUAUUUCUUCAACAUUCCAUCCUUUCCUGAUCAGGAAAUGGAACUGAUGAUUUUAUAAGGUAUUUUUCAUCUCUCCAUGAAAUGAGGCGGAGGCCAUUUGCAUUUCACAGUUGUGGGCCAUGUGCAUCCCAUACCAUAAAGAGCAGGAUUUGAUUAAAAGUCAUUGCAGCCCAACAAAAUGGAGCCGGGCUGAACCUAGUGAGCGUCGCUACGACUCUUCACUCGCUGUAAGAGGAAUCCACUGAAGGCCAAUUUUUGGUUCCAGCAGAGUAUGUGCAUAGAGCGACAACUGAUGGUGACAGAACCGCUUGUUUAGAUUUUGCCAACCAAAUGCCACGACAGUUAUAGGGCUUGUACAAAUAAACGCAAAAUCGUUUAAA